AUGUCGUCUUCGAUAAAGGGAAACCCAAUCCGUAAGUUUUAUAGUUAUAAAUUAGUUUUGCUCAACCUCGACAAGUCUUCAUACAGAGGAGCUGUUUUCAAUCAAUCUUCUGCCAAGAACCUCCGCCAAGAACCGCCAAGAACCCAAGAUAUGAAGUUUGAGACCGCUGUCAAGCUUCCAAGGCAACAAAACACAAAGAAGAACAUUGUCAAUAAGAUCAAUAUCAAGUUGGAAGGUCUCAACUACAAGAUGGGAAGCUCCAUGCUGCAUCCUCAGAAAUUCGGCGGUGGUUUCGUUUUUGUGAAGCGGCCGUGCGACGUGUACGGUCCCGUACUGCAAAAAAUCAUCCACCAAAUCAUCAAGCAAGCUCAGAGCAGGCGAAAUGGAGAACUGAAGCAGAUCCUGAUCUACAUCAAUGGAAUAACGGAAGGGCAGUAUGGAAUGAUCAAUGAGAAGUAUUCUAUGUUUAUCGGAAAUAAUCAUCGUCGCCGUUUCCAAAACUUAUUUUGUUUCUUAAUUUUCUUUCAAUAA